AUGCUGUCGUCUCAUAGCAACAAGUGUAAACACAGUGAAGUGGAAAAGAUGGCGACGCAGAGAGAGCAGGAAGCAGCUGAAUAUCUCCAGAAACACAGAAUAGCAGAGCUCAUGGACAACCUGAGCAGCAUGCUCCUCUUCCACAGACCCGGGAAUCCCAGAGAGUUUCUUAUUGAGCAGCUGGAGCAGCUGAAGGUUUCUCAGCAGAGUGGUAGAAAAGGGCCCAACCUGUUCAACAACGCAGACCUGGAUGCCGUCUUUGGGAUACUGGACCCCGCUAAUCAGAAAUACAUCACUUUUGCUCAAUACAAGCAGGCUCUGAUCACACUGGGCAUAAAGGACAUUAAUGAAUGCCCCGAAGGUGUAAAUGAAGACAGAAUAUCCCAUGCAACCUUCAAAGCAGAAGCGAUUCAAGGCCUGCAGAGAUGCUCAGCGACAUAUGCACAGCUGUGA